CUGAGGGGACGGAGGGAUGGGGACGCCACCCGGCUCCGGGGUCCUGGCUGACGCGCGUCUCCCCGCGCUGGGCGCCCGAGGAGGCAGCUCGGGGUGCGCCUCUCCCUCCCGCCCUGCGCUGCUCGCAGGCUGGCCAUUCGCCAGGGAGAGCUGCGCUGCUUCGCUAGCUGAACCUGACGAACGGCCAGCCUGCGAGAAGCGCCGCUCGAGGGAGGGCGAGGAGCCACCUGGGGCGCCCCCACCCCCGACUUCCUGGGAGGAAAACCCCUGGAGCGGGCGAGUCUGGAUGCUCCCCUUCUUGGAUCAGGCUCCCUCCUGCGGACACUUUAAUAAAGGCAUGGCAGCUGUUACUCCAAGAAAAAGAAAACGCAGUUCUGAUGGUCUGCAGUCAGUAGAUGGAAAUCUAGUGAAAAAACUGAUGAUGGAAUUCACUGAGAAACGGCCUGCAGGGAAGAUGCUUGCAAGUGAUCGUCUUGCGUCUCCAGUAAAGCAAAUGUCUAGUUCUCGAGGAGAAGAUAAAGAGAAUCAAUCCUUGCCCCAAAAGUCAACCCGAUCACAGAAGUUUGAUGUGUCUCCGUUACAGACAGCCAGUGUGCCAAAAGAAAUGCAAAGGGCGUUCCCGCAGAAAAUGUCCCCAGAGUCUGGCAUCACAUACACUUCCAUUGUUCCCACCAGCUCCUUUUACAGCAAAGGGAAAGCAUAUCAAAGUCCACUGGAAAGGAAGCUGGCAAAUGAAAGCCAUCCUCUUGGUCCAAGAAAUGAGGGUGGAAACCUGCCUAUUGCCAACAAGACGGAAACAGCACAGAUAAUGGUGAUGUCAGCAAGGCGCAUAAACUCUAAAGUGUCAAAUCGCCCUGCUGCUUCCAGGAAGACCAAUACUUUGCCAAGGAACACCAAAAAAGCCAAAAUGGAAAUGGCACCUCCCAAGUCUGUUACUGGGAAAGAGAAUGUGAAGUGUGCUGUUGAAAAGAAAAUGGAGGCUCCUUACAGAGUCCUAAGCAUGAGGUUCAAACCAGUGCUGAAACUCCAAACAGGAGCAGCAUUUUUUGCCUCUGGCAAGAAAUGGCACUCUGGCUCCAAGAAAGUGCUUUCCAUUCCACCAUCCCCCCAUAAUGUCAGCAAGCCCAUGGUCAAAGAGAAGCAGGACAUAGUACUGGUGCAUGCAGAUCUCUACUUGUCCACUGAAAGCAGGGCAGGAAAUUCUACAAAGGGGUCCCAAAAGGAGGAGAAACAUGGCCACAUGGAAGCGAGUGAGAAAGUGAACCAUAAAACUAGCCAAGAUAUGGUGAUUACAUGUGAAUCAAACCUGUGGCAAGAAACUGGGCCUCUCCAAACUUCUCAUUCUGGUUGUUCAAAAGCCCCAGCUCGAAAGGAAACUGACACUGGGGCCCAGGGUUCUGAAACAAUCUCGCAGAGAUCACCCAGAAACAUGGACAAGCAUGAGAAUAAUGAGGCUCUUCAUGAUGACAUCCAUCCUUUGUUCAGUACACCUUCUGGCAACAAAAGAAGGCCCCGGAUUCUGCCAAAUGAGCAGCCUUCCCAGGUGGAGUGCAUGCCCAAUGUACAGAAGGUUACUGCCCUACUGAAAACCAGCAAGAAGACAAAAGAACUGAGCAAAGACUUAAAAGGUCAAAUGGUCAUUGAUGCUGGUCAGAAGCAUUUUGGUGCUGUUGCCUGCAAAUCAUGUGGCAUGGUCUACUCGGCUGCCAACCCAGAGGACGAAGCACAGCACAUCCAGUAUCAUCAGAGGUUCCUUGGAAGAAUGAAAUAUGUGGGCUGGAAGAAUGAGCGUGUGGUUGCAGAAUUCAUGGCUGGAAAAAUUGUUCUGAUCCUGCAGGAUGAUCCCAAAUAUGCCAUCAAGAAGGCAGAAGAUGUACGGGAGCUUGUCGAUAAUGAACUGGGGUUUAAACAAGUGGUGCUGACCUAUCCAGCCCAGACUCAAACAUACCUGUUUGUUUCCAAUGAAAGGAAGAUCGUUGGCUGCUUGAUUGCUGAGCCAGUCAGGCAGGCUUUCCGGGUGCUUUCAGAGCCACCAGCAACCUUGGAGUCUCCCACCAAGAACAGCCUGGAGCAUCAUCGUGCCUGGUGCUGUUCAGCAAAGCCAGAGAAGGUAGUCUGUGGGAUCAGCAGAAUUUGGGUGUUCAGUCCGAUGCGGAGAAAGGGCAUCGCCAGUCGUCUGGUGGACGUGGUCAGGCAUACGUUCUUAUUUGGUUCUUACCUAAGCACUAAUGAAAUCGCCUUCUCAGACCCUACCCCAGAUGGCAAGCUAUUUGCCACCAAGUAUUGUCAAACGCCAAGCUUUCUCGUUUAUAAUUUCAUUAGUCAGGGCCAGUUCUCUGCAACUGCAAAAUGAGUGUGGGAGCUUGUUCAGCUAUAUCUCCAGCUUGUCUCUUCCUGCCGUAAGGACACUAUAGGGAUACAAAGUAGUGUUUGUGGUUUUCUUGUACUCCCAUAUUGUUUUCAUAUGGGACUGUAAAUAGAAAAGGCUGCAAACCAAGUUUGUUUUGCUUUUAUAAGGGUUGAUUCUGGAAGUUAAAACUUCUGAAGCUGAUUGUAUGAAAAAGAAACCUUAGCCAUGGCUAACGUCAGUUUUAGCAGCUCAAAUCUUCAGCCCCUUGGGUUACCCAAUCCUUGUUUUCUUUGCAAAGCUGCUGUGUUGCUUGAAAAUAAGUCUAGGAUAGAUAGGUCUGAAAACACUCUCCAAGUCAGUUCUAUGCUGAGGGACUGAAUAUAAGCUGCUUUACAGAAGGAUGGCAAGAGUGGGGUAUUUAAUGUUGCUAUGGACCAGUUAAUAAUAUAUAAUUUUGCACUUGUUAAUGUUCAGCACUGAGAUUAGUUCUGUAACAGUGAAAUGUUCAAUGUAAAGCUAAAGGCUAUAUCUGCACACCACUGUAAUUCUUGCAUGAAACGUUUUGAUCACAUUUGUUCAAAUAAAUGCGUGAGUUAA